AUGGUAGCCGGGUUCGCAGGGGCGAGAGCAGCGGAGCUCCAAGGAAGGAUGAGGAUGCGACGGUUUUCAGGGAUGGCGCAUAUGGCACAAGCUUGCAUCACGGGUGGCCGCUCGUGGAAGUGCCGAGGGGUCGCCGAGGAGUCGUGCAGUUUGUGUGCGCACGUCUACGACCUUGCUGUUCCGAACCCUGCUUUGGCGCUGCGAUCACGAGUUGUUCUCUGGUCUUCGCUUUCAUGUAGUGGACCAGAAUGCUUUGGCAUUACGGCGUUCAUUUGCGUGACAUAUCCUGGGAGGCAUGUGCUUAUUCUUUGCGUACAGUUGCUAAGCUGUUUGCCGGGACGGGCGCUGGAAGGCGUUUGUGCGACAGCACGCGCCAUCACAGGCGACCUCACUGAACUAGGGACGCAACAUAGCCGCAGCGAGAAAGGUGAGGCGUUGAGUGGUGAAGAAGUGAUUGAAACAUUGAGCACGGCACAAGCUUGCAUCACGGGUGGCCGCUCGUGGAAGUGCCGAGGGGUCGCCGAGGAGUCGUGCAGUUUGUCCGUGCUCGCUUUGGGAUUUGGUGUGCCGGGGCUGUCCGUCUCUGCGACGGGCGUUUGCGAGAAAGAGCCCGCCGUCACAAGUAAUCUCACUGAAUCGGCGAUGCAGUGCACCUGCAUCGCGGUGCUACAAAAGCACUUGGCUCGUCUGCUCGCGUCUACGGCUGCGGUGUGUCUUAGCCUUCGCUGCGUUGCCAUCGUUCGCUGCCUCGCCCAGGACAUUUACGGAGUUGCAGUGAGAUAA